AUGUUUAUAGAGUAUCAUCAAUUGGUCCCAAAUAUUACGGUUCUGUUGGUGGAUGUUGCCUCGCUGGUGGCCUAUAUAAAAAAUGUAUUUAUUGGUGCUAAUGCAGCAGCGCUCGAUGAAGCACUGGCGCAAAACUGUGCUUUAGAUGCCAAUCUAGAUGAUACAUCCGAGGAGACCACCGCAAUCGUUCGUAUCGCCAACGAAACAGCCAAACGUACCGAGCGCACAACAUCGCUGCUGCUACUCAAAUGCGGCUCAUUCAUCGAAGCGGAUAAGACAGUUGAGGAUCAAUUAUAUGUACUGAGAAUCCCCGAAGGCGAUUCCUAUGACGUGCUGUUGUCUGUUUUUGGACGCAUCGGAAUGCCGCUUUUCAAAUCGCUGGUUGAUUAUGGACGAGGUGAACGUGAUGGUGACAAACUUGCGCUUUCCGUUGAGAAGCAUCUCAGUGAGGUCAGCCCCCUUUUGAAGAACAUGCUCUGGAAAAUCGGACUGCUUCUAGGCAAAAUUACGCUCUCAAUCCAUCCGGUAAUCCAAAAUACGAUUCAACAAGCAGCCGAGAAGGGGCGCAAGGCACGUGUCACUGAUCUUGGCGAACAUGUUGAGAAUGCGAUGUUUUUGAAUGCUCUGCAAAAAGGGGUCAAUCGUUGGGUUAAAGAAAUUCAAAAGGUGACAAAACUGGAUCGUGAUGCUGGCUCGGGUACAUCGUUACAAGAAAUGACAUUUUGGUUGAAUUUGGAACGAGCGCUGCAAAAAAUCGCACAAAAAAGAGAAUCAGAAGAGGUGACUCUGACGUUAGAAGCGCUAAAAUGCGGCAAACGAUUCCAUGCAACUGUUUCGUUCGAUGCUGAUACGGGCCUAAAGCAAGCGCUAGCAAUGGUAAACGAUUACAAUGUACUGAUGAAGGAUUUGCCGCUGAACGAACUGAUGGCUGCAACUGAUAUGGACGGUAUCAGGAAUGCCCUGGCAAACAUAUUCACACAUAUGAGGAAGCUACGCAACACGAAAUAUCCAACCGGUCGCGCACUGCGUUUCGUAGAGGCUAUCUCGAAAGAUGUUUUCACUCAAAUGCUGAAGGUCAGCUAA